CGAGAAGAGCCGAAGAGGGCUCAUAUGUAUAACGUGUAUAUGUAUCCUUCCCUCCUAAUCUUCCGCCCCGAACAGCAUUCUCCUCCUCCCUCCCUCCCUCCCUCCCUCCCUCUCUCCGCUUCGCCAAACCCUGGUACUCAGAAGACAAUGGCGACGCAGCAACCGCUUCCCCCCGCCGACUGCGUCGGCGAUAACACCGUCGACCGCGACGUCUGGCUGGCCUGCGCCGCACCGUUUUCCCGCAUCCCCACCGUCGGCGACGAGGUCGACUACUUCCCCGACGGCCACAUCGAGCAGCACCUGUCCGCGGCGCCGCAGCCGCUCCCUGCGCAGCACCGCUUCCACUGCACCGUCACCGACGUGAGCCUCGGCGUGGACGACAAGACGGACGAGGUGUUCGCCAAAAUCUCCCUCAGACCACGGCCAGGCCGCGCCGCCGCUCCUCCUCCGGGCCCCGGCGGCAGCAGCAACAGCCCCGCCCCCAGCCCCCCACAGAAGCUCAGAUACUUCACUAAGGAGCUCUCGCAAACCGACGUCUACGCAAGGUUCCGCAUCCCGCUGGACAACGAGCACGUCUUACCCAUACCCAUGGUCGACACGGACGGCGUGCAGCGCCAGGACGUCGUCAUGCGCGACACCAGUGGCAAAUCGUGGAGGUUCUCCAAAACCUACAGCGUCAAUCCGAGCAAGCAACACUCGCUCACCACCGGGUGGUUGGAUUUCGCCAAGGCCAAGCGGCUCGCCGCGGGGGACAAGAUCGUCUUCAUGCGCCGCCCCAACGGCGACCUCAUCGUCGGCGUGCGGCGCCUCGACGUGCCCAGGUACCCGCUGUUCGACUUCCAAGGCCCGGACCCGGAUCAGCCGGCCCAGGACGUCAUGGAGGCCGUACGCCUCGCCGCCGCGGGCAGGCCCUUCACAGUCACCUACUUCCCGAGACAGGCCGCCGUGGAGUUCAUCGUCCCGCGCAGCGAGGUGGAUGACGCGCUCGCCACCAGCUGGGAACCAGGUGCGCUGGUGCGCAUGGAGGUUAUGGAGGACGAGAACAGGCAGUACACCAUGUGGGUCGUCGGCCGCGUCGAGGCGAUCCGCCAAAACAUCUGGCGAAUGCUCGAGAUCAUCUGGGGUGUUCCGUCCCAUCCUCCUCCUCUUGCAACAAUGAGAUCUGUGAAUGCUUGGCAAGUGUCACGCCCCUGGCCACCGGAAGGUCACCGGCGACGUGAGCCACACCAAUUCGGCGACGAAGCGCCAGGAACACAGACGCAACUCGAAGCACGAAGGUGUCCCCGCACACAUCCUAUAAUUAGACAGUCAAAAUAGUCAUGAGCAUCAACGACGAGAUAUGUGAAUGCUUGGCAAGUUGUGUUCUCUCUCCUCUUGCAACGACUGGGAGGAGGCUGAUCGGGUCGGAAUCGGAAAGCUAGGCCUAUGGCCCUUCUUCUUCUACUGGAGCCAGCAGGCACACCGGCGAUGGCCCUUCUGCUGCACCCUUCUCUGCAAUGCCACCGCGUACAAUAAGCAUCCCCAGUGCUUCUCCCCCCAACAACCCAGUGAGCUUGUCUCCACUCCAGAACGUGAAGAGCAUAAAGCUCUUUGGUGAAACAAUCUCUGCUGAUGGUGGUGGUGGUUCUGAACAAGUCAAUCGAGCUCCACCCUCCUCCUCCUAAUGGUGGUGGUGAUGCUACGGAUGAUGAUGGUGGUGUUGAAAAAAAGAUGUCUAAACCAAACGAUGCGCAUGUACGUACUUGAAGGUAUAUCCGUAUAUAUGCCAUGACACUUCAUCC